CGGGCGGCGGGCUUUAAUCCGGUUAGUGGGGAUUAGCGUGGCGAUUUAAAGGCCGGAGCGGCGCGGGGAAGGGGUGCCAGGCGCGCCGGAGAGGAAGCGGCCGCCACCGAGCAGCGGGGCAGCCCGGACGGCACCGCACGAUGCCAGCCAUCAACAUCGAGGACCUGAGCGAGAAGGACAAACUGAAAAUGGAAGUGGAGCAGCUCCGGAAAGAAGUGAAGCUGGAGAGGCAGCCGGUGUCCAAGUGCUCCGAAGAGAUCAAGAACUACAUCGAGGAGCGGUCGGGCGAGGACCCGCUGGUGAAGGGGGUUCCCGAGGACAAGAACCCAUUCAAGGAGAAGGGAGGCUGUGUCAUCGCUUAGGGAAACGAACCACCCGGAGCAGACACUCUUCCUGUACCUGUAGGGAGUCACUAGCGUGUCCCCAUCGCCGCCGGUCCUUGUUGAAGAGCACAGGAGCGGAUUUCUUUUUUUUUUUUUUUUUUCUUUU